AUGGCGAUUGAGAUUGAUAUUGAGCAAAAUCCAACGGUUGAACUUUCGCGAAUCGGAACAUCAGAAACACACGGCGAAGAUUCGCCGUAUUUUGCUGGCUGGAAAGCGUAUGAUGAAGAUCCUUAUAAUGAAUCAACAAAUCCUUCUGGUGUUAUUCAAAUGGGCUUAGUUGAAAAUCAAGUGUCAUUUGACUUAUUGGAGGAAUAUUUGGAGGAAAAUUGUGAGGGAGAAGGGAAUUAUUUAAAUUCUGGGUUUAGAGAAAAUGCUUUAUUUCAAGACUAUCAUGGUCUUUUCUCAUUUAGAAGUGCAAUGGGAAGUUUUAUGGAAGAGAUUAGAGGUGGAAGAGCAAAAUUUGACCCAAAUCGAGUUGUUUUAACUGCUGGUGCCACUGCUGCCAAUGAGCUUCUCACUUUCAUUCUUGCAAAUCCUGGCGAUGCUUUGCUUGUCCCCACUCCUUACUAUCCUGGAUUUGACAGAGAUUUGAGAUGGAGAACAGGAGUGAAAAUUGUACCAAUUCAUUGUGACAGUUCAAACAAUUUUCAAAUAACUCCAAAAGCAUUAGAAGAAGCUUAUAAUUCAGCAAUGGAAAUGAAAAUCAAAGUAAGAGGAGUUUUAAUCACAAAUCCAUCAAAUCCACUCGGAGCAACGAUCCAACGCUCCACAAUCGAAGACAUUCUAGAUUUCGUUACACGCAAAAACAUCCACCUCGUAUCCGACGAAAUCUAUUCCGGUUCCGUUUUCUCCUCCGCCGAGUUCACAAGCGUCGCUGAGGUUUUGGAAUCCCGCAGCUACAAAAACGCCGAACGUGUCCACAUCGUUUACAGCCUCUCCAAAGAUCUCGGCCUUCCCGGGUUUAGAAUCGGCACGAUCUACUCAUACAACGAUAAAGUCGUCACAACCGCUCGCCGGAUGUCUAGCUUUACGCUUAUCUCUUCACAAACGCAACGAUUUUUAGCGUCCAUGUUGUCGAACCGGAAGUUUACGGAGAAAUAUAUUAAAAUGAACCGGGACAGGCUCAAGAAACGGUAUGAAAUGAUUAUUGAAGGGCUGCGAACCGCUGGGAUUGAAUGUUUGGAAGGGAAUGCCGGUUUGUUUUGUUGGAUGAAUUUGAGCCCGUUGUUGAAAGAUAAAAAAACCAAAGAAGGUGAGAUUGAGAUAUGGAAGAGGAUUUUGAAGGAAGUGAAAUUGAAUAUUUCGCCCGGUUCGUCGUGUCAUUGCUCUGAACCCGGUUGGUUCAGGGUUUGUUUUGCUAAUAUGAGUGAAAAGACUCUGCAUGUUGCCCUUGAUAGAAUACGUCGGUUCAUGGAACGGAUGAAGAAGGAAAACGAAGCUAAUUAA